GAAAUUUGUUAGUAUUUUGUUAGUAGCUUAUUUAUUCAAUAAUUUAUAUAUAACAGUUCUCAAAUUCAACAACUUUUCUAUAUAAUAUGAAUAACUAAACGAACGCUUCUUAAAACUACAUGAAAUGUUAAAGAAUAUUAAACCUUAAAUAAUUUGAGUAAGUUUGAACUCUUGUCGUCCUAUAAAUUUGGAUUGAGGUAUGAGAAUGACAAAUUAACAACGAUUGGACGAACCAUUAUAUUGUGUAUUAUAUUACUCCAUCUUAAUUAUAUAUAUACUUUUCUAAGAUAUAGUUUCAAAGUUCAUCGAUAUAAUCCAAAUAUUUAUUCUAGUCGAUAGAGGCCAUCUCAACAUGAUACUAGUUAGAGAAGGUGAUGAAACAAUAUGUACUCACCCUCACCAUGAGGUUUUUUCUACUACUGAGGCACGUGACAUCUUGAACUCUUUAUUAGCGAAUCACCCUCAUUUGAAUUCCAUUGCUUCUGCAUACCGUUCAUUGUCGCAAGGAAUGCUUUCCCUCUCACGUAAUUCUGAUUUCCUGAUAACAAGAGAAACUAAAUGUGUUUAUGUAGCCCAAAAGGAGUAUGCUACCGUGGAUCCUUCAUUAGUUGAUGUAAUCGGCACUGAUGGGCAAGGAGGUUGUGUUGGUGUUGUCAUGCGGAACCCUAAAAGUGGAUGGAUAAGUGUUGCUCAUGUGGAUUUUCCAAAAGUUGUUGAUAAAGGCCUCAACCGAAUGUUGUCAUCCCUCCUUAUGGAUGAAGAGAGCGAGAAUGAAAUUGUUGAUGUGCAUAUAAUAAAUGGUCACAAUGAGGCACCACGUGAAGAAAGUGAAACCCGCACGGAAGGAAUUUCUUAUGAAAUUUGUGUGAAGAUAAUCGAAUUUCUUUGUAAAAGCACCAAGAGAUUCAAUAUGAAAACUUUGCACACUCUUAAUCGCAACACCAGCUAUGAUAAACAGGGAAAUUCUCAGCCAAUGUUUUCCGGUUUUUUGGUGGAAACUGCGAGUGGGUUAAUAUUUCCUGGAUGGUUUGACAACGCAACAAUAUGCCCAGAUUCAGUCGUUAGGAAAGCUCGACUAAACACUGCUCUUUUUUGCCCUGCCACUUGGGAAGACGACAGGUUGCUAGACACAUAUGACACUCGCUCCGACAAGUUUGUUAUUACUCCCUGCCCUUGGGACAUGAAUUUUGUGAAAAGUCGUGAAGCACGCCAAAAGCUACCUGAUCGUGAAAUAAUUAACAAUUCUUUUACUACUCCCGUUAGUGAAAAAGAUGUUUCUUUCUACGCAACCUUAAUAAGAAGGGAAUGUGAUUUUUUUAUCAAGCACCCGGAUUGGAAAGAGACAUUUCCAGCUGGACAACCCCGUAUAUUCAUAAGAGGCAUUGAUGGGAGCUGGACAAGAUCAUACAUUGAGCAUCCUCAGAUAUCCAAAAGAAGAACUGCUUCCUAGCUGAUGGGGUUUGCAUUGCCUCAAAGACCGAAGAAAGAGUUG